CCAACCGCCUAAAAAAUAUCACAAAAGGAAGAAGAAGAAGCUGCCGGUUGGCUCCAAUAGCACCAGAAGCGCGUGUAGACAGAAAUACAGACAUGGCUUCUAUUGGUGUUUGUGGAAAGUGGAUGUUUCUAUCGUGUGGCACAAGAUUGAUAGCAGCUCACAUCAAGAAGGAUAGAGAGCCAUUUGUAUUUGACUGUAGCACUGCCAAGAAAAAAGAAAAUGAUCCAAAGGCUUGCAUCAAUAGCCUUGGAGGUCCUAGUGGAAGUGACAUAAUAGUUUCCUUUGUUAUCUCACCAUCUGGAAAACUGGUGGCACUAAUUGAUGACUCUAAACGACUGGUCCUGUUUAAGAAUGAGCAUUCUUGGCAAUGGGCCAGCACCAGAUGGUUGGUGAGGAGGGGCACGUCCUUGGUGUUUAACAGGGCAGAAGACGAGGUCCUUGUGGCUGAUAAAUCGGGUGACGUUUAUUCCUUUUCGGUGAUGCAACCGGAGAAAGAAGGCGAGCUAAAGAUGGGCCACCUAUCCAUGAUCCUAGCUGUUACUGUGUCACUUGAUGAUAAGUAUAUCAUCACCUCUGACCGGGAUGAAAAAAUAAGAGUGAGUCACCGCUGUUCUCCGUACAACAUCCAGUCCUUCUGCCUAGGGCACAAAGAGUUUGUCAGCUCACUACUGGUUCCUUCAGGUGAUCGGCACUGGUUGUUGUCAGGAUCAGGGGAUGGGACAAUGAAUCUGUGGAACUAUAAAAUUGGUCAGAAGCUCCAAAGUUGGAACUUGCACGACCUGGAGGAGACACCGAAAUUGGAGAGUGAGCGGAAAGUAAUUGUUUGCCAUAUAACCAGCUCCUUUGAUGGGUGUCACAUAGCUGUGCAGUUUGACAGAGUGGCGACAAUUAAAUUUUUCAUGCUGAACCAGGAGAAUAAUGAGAAGAAACUUGUACCACAGAGCCGGCUUUCCCUGCCACACUGUCCACUUGACAUGACCUUUGAUCCAGAAGACCGUCUUUGGGUGCUAAUGGAUUCCUGUGAAACACUGCUUCAAAUCUUCACGCUUGAACAAUGCUCCUGGAAGUGUCAAGCUUCUACCAUUGAACUAAAAAGAGUGACUGCUAUCUUCAAGCCUCACUGGCAGACUCUUGAUGCUUCCACAAGGGGAGUUAGCCGUUUUGAACAUCUGCACAAGGUGACUUUUGAUAACAUAACAGUGUACAUGGAAAAGAAACAGCAACGAUUGGAGGAACAGCAACAGAAGAGGAAAAUGGAACAGAAAAACAAAGGCAAGAAGGCCAGAAAAUAAGUGUUUUGAAUUAUAAUGGCUUUGUUUAAAUGAAUUGACUGUAUUUUUCAUUUCUUUACUUCUUUGGAUGAGCCAUGAUAAUAAAUGUCAAUUACAUGGAA